GCAGACCUAUAAUUUAGCCCAACAAUAACUAAUAUUUAGGGAAUUUGAAUUUUAUGGACGUACCAAAAAUCAUGAGGCCCUGUGCUGGCGGGCUGACCAGUAGGUCAAGGAAGUUGGUGACCUGAUGACAGGGGAGCUGGCGACCGAAGCCCCGGUGAACGGCGGUCGUAACUAUAACGGCCUAAGGUAGCGAAAUUCCUUGUCGGGUAAGUUCCGACCCGCACGAACAGGCCCAUGACCGGCCCUAAUUAGGGAAACAAAUAUGGAAUCUACUCCUAAAUCCAGACUCCAUGGCAACAAGGGUUUUGAAAGCAAAAUACUACCCGAAUCGAGAUAUUCUACAUACCCAAGUUGGAACAAAUCCUAGCUAUACCUGGAGGAGCAUCUUGGCAGCCCAAGACCUCAUCAAGAAGGGGAUGAGAUGGCGAGUGAGGGAUGGGACACAAGUAAAUAUCUGGGAGGACAGAUGGGUGGCAAGAGCUGAAGACACUGGCUUCAAAGUUACUACUACGAGAACAGCGAAAGGUGAGCUGGAAAGAGUUACUGAUUUUAUUGACCACGACCUUCGCCACUGGAAGAAGGAUCUUCUCCAACAACACUUCAACCCUACAGACAGGGUAAGGAUUUAAGGAAUUCCUAUGCCCAGACAACAUAUUCCAGACACAGAGGUUUGGGCUUUCGAAAAGAAUGGGAAAUACUCUGUCAAAACAGCCUACAAAUUAUUCUACAAAGAGCUUGCAAGCAAACCGCUUGACGUAGAAGAAGCAGAGGCAGAAGCAGAGGAGAAUGAUGAGAUGGAAUCCUUGAACGGAGAAAUUGAAGUCUAUGAUCCCAUAAACUGGAAACGAGUUUGAAAGCUGAUGAUUCCACCUAAGAUCAAGAUCUUCCUAUGGAGGCUGAUUCACAACAUUCUACCUACAGGGAAGAAUAUCGCGAAGCGAAAGAAGGAUGCACCGAUUGAAUGUCCAUUCUGCAACCUAGAGGAAACCCAAAAACACAUCUUUAAAGAAUGUCAAUGGGCAACCAGGAUUUGGAGACCAACAAGCUUCAGACCUCUAUUUGAACUAGAACCCAACUUGUCCACUGGGAGUUGGCUAUGCGAGGUCAUGGAAAGGGUGGAUGAUGAUACCCUAGGCUAGGUUAGUGUGAUCCUAUGGACUAUAUGAAACGAGAGGAACAACCACAUGUUCAACAAUCGGAAAGCUUGGGAAGGAGAAAUCGUUGAGAAAACCCUAAACUAUUAGGAAGAAUUCAAGGAUCAUCAUGUCAAGGAGCUAGAACCCAAGAAUCUGGAAAGACAUACCUGGUAACUGCCGCCGGCGGGAUGGAUCAAAUUGAAUGUGGACGCCUGCUGUCCUAAAAGACGAAGGAACGGGUUUUGGGGUGGUGGCUCAUGAUGAGCAUGGCCAUUUCUUGAUGGCGGCGGUCUGCAGGGAGCGCGUCCAAUGGUCCCAGAGCUGGCCGAGAUAAAGGCGAUUGCUUUCGCAUUGAAACAGGUGGAGAGGUAUAGAUUUCAAGCAGCCAUUAUCGAAAUGGACUGCCAGAGCGCAUUCCUCGCUCUGGAAAAGGCGGAGGUAACGAGGUUGGAAGCUGUUGCUCUGAUCGAAGAAUUACAAACAGAAGCAGCGAGAUUGGGCUCAAUCCAGUGGAAUUUUGCAAGGGGGGAGUGUAAUGAGGCGACCCAUCUUUUAACCCAUACACCUUGUAUUUGGGAUACCCAGGAACACUGGGAGUCUCGGCCGCCUAUGUUUCUGUUACAUGUUCUAGAUUCUGAGCCCAUGAGGCAUCAAUAAAAUACAGGUCUGAUUAUAAAAAAAAUAAAAUAAUAAGGCGUGGAUGUUUUUUUUCUGUGUCUGGGAAGAUUUUCCAAGGCCCAACAAGGAAAUAACGAAAGCCCAAAAUGUAACUCUGGGCUAAAGAGUUAUGGGUGCGACCCUGUGCGAGAUGAUAGGAAACCUCAACAUGAUCCAUAUAAAUACAUAGUUAGUAAAUACUCUGUUUAAUACAUGUAUAUGUAUUUGCACGUAUUUUAUUAGUUUAAAACUUUCAUAUCCGUAUUAUUGUCAAGUCAUUUCAUUUUUUUCCUGUUCAUUUGAUUGUUCUCGUAUUAAACACGUAUAAAAUCCAUAUAACACGUUUAAUAUCCAUAUUUAAUGAAUUAAAUGGUUAAUU